UACAUUCUCCACAUCACAUGCUGUCUCAUGCAAGCUUUGAAACACUGACCACAUAAUUUAAAUGAAUGAAUAAUUAGGUGAGCAUAAUGGAAGGCACUCAUACUAUCCUCCAAUUGCACAGGCCCAUUAUGGAACUCUGUUAUGUCAGCUUCUAUCUCUCAAAGGGAAAAGUCAGAGGAUUUACGUACAAGAGCUGUGUAACUCUAGACAAAUCCAAUAAACGUUUUCAUAACUGCUAUCAAGUAAGAGAAGGGUCAGAGACAGCAGAACCGAGAGAGCAACCUUAUGAAAAUGUUGGAGAUAUUUUUUUCAAGCAAACUACCACUAAAGAUAUUCUCACUGAGCUGUAUAAACUAACUGCUGAAAAAGAGAGGCUGUUAGCUAACCUACUCAGUUCACACAACAUUCUGGGUAUUAAAAUGGGAAAUCAGGAGGAGAAGCUACAGGAUGCCUCUGGAGGACUGAAAUUUAAAGAUGAUGAUCUCUUAAGCUUCAAGGAUCAGCAGGAAACCUUUUUGGGAUCCACAGAUCAGAAACCCAGCUUGAGAAACAAAAAGAUGAGGAAAACUGGCAGAAGGAGAGAGAGCUUGGAGGAGUUCAUAAACAAGAAAGUGAAAAAGAAGGUUCACGGCGAUUUGGAACCUUCUGUGUUAAACAGGACAGAUAUGCAACUGGGAAAUAAAAGGACAUUUCCCACCAAAUUUUCUGCUGGCAGCUCUCCUGGUUCCUUUUCCAAUUCUAAUUGGCAGACAGUAGAAGACCAGGAUGAUUUACGAUUUGACAUGAAUAUACCACCAGAAAGAUGGAGAAAAGAUGGGUAUUUUCUUGAGUGCAGUGGGACUUUGAAAUCAGAAACAGACCUGUCUGAUUCUCUAUCUGAAUAUGACAAUGAUGUGUAUGGAAGUUGUAUUACACAUCCCAGUGCUGGUCUAUUGGGUGAUGCAGAGGGUACUCUUAAAGUAAUGAAGGUGCAGCACAGCAGCCCUUUGUUGAACUCUUUCCAAGACAGUUUAUCUAACAGAUUUGAGGCCUUAAACAAGACUGCAACAGCUGAAAGCCUGCAUGGUUAUGACUAUACUGAGCAGACCUGCAGUAAGAAACCUACAGCCGGAGUCAUUGCUAAAGUACAGGAUUUGAGCGCGUGUAUGCAGAAAGUUAUAAAAACCCAUACAGAGUCUGAUGAUAACCUUUCUUACACUGAUACUCAAGAAGAUAAGGAAACUGUUACACCUGUUCUCUCUGAAGUGUGCAGGGAAUUUAUAACAAAAGCUGAGGUAUUUAGUAUAGGUGAAUCUGCUGUUGACUCUAAGUACACUGUGAUGCAGGAAAAGGAGCGCAAUGGCUGUGUUUUGCAGAGCAAAGAAGAGAGACUGCAGAUUACUGAUGAGUCAUGCAACCUUGUGGGAGCAGUCAAUAAAACCCUUCUGAAAAUUAUCCAGAACGACAGUUUAGAUGAAGCUGCAGAAUGGAAGAGACUACAACAAAUUACAAGAGCAGACAAAAACCUACCAGGCUCAAUGUAUGACAAAAGAGCUACCUUACCCCAGGAGAGCAACAAAGGUUUGUUUUUAAAUCUGCCAAUACAUUUAAGAACUGAUAUUUCUCAGACAAGCACUAACAUUAAACCAGAAGAGAAAAGGCCACUAUCACCCUCUUUAGUUGCUGUCUGUAAUGUUUUUAAUAAUUCAUAUUCAGGAUCCAAUGCACACAAACAAAUGUCACCUAUUCCUUCUCCUUUAUCUUCGAGAUUGCCUAGUCCACAGCUGCACCAUAGGAUUCUUCCACUACCUACACAGAACACUGAGGAAGAAUCUGUGUUGAAUGACUAUUGCAGUGGGAGACAUGAUGCCACAAACCUCUCCUUUGCUAAUGAUUUGGAAUCACAGUUCUAUCUGAAGUUUCCUGAAUCUGGAGAAUUGGGAUUUUCUAUAAGACAACCAGGCCUACAUCAGCACACAACUGGAGAGCGUUUGGAAAAAUGCACUAUCCAAGAAAAACUAACUACUCAGACACAGCAGCAGCUAUGUCCAGGUAUUCCAGCAGAGACUGCUUUGAAGGAUGACUUCACUGAACAACCAACUAAUAUAGAUGUCACAAACACAGAUGAAGAUGUCUGGGUUUUGGGUUGCAGGUUGGGACAAUCUGUGCCAUUUGCAGAUUAUAAUGAGCGAGAAAGAGUCGACAGAAAUAUAUUGCACCUGAGGCUGGACCUGAAUCCUGACCUGAAUCCCUCGGAGCAAGAUGACAAAACUCCAGGGAAACUCCAGGCUGUCUGGCCACCACCUGAAAUCAAUGAUGGAAAAGAAAAAGUGGGGUUGAAGUACACUGAAGCAGCUCACCUAAAACUUUACAAGGAGGGACCACCAGAGUACCAUGCUGCAAUUUUGCAAUUAAAGAGGGAAAACAAGGAAGAAGUUGAAAACUUAAAGUCUCAGUUUGAACUCCAGAUCUUUCAUAUUCGUGGAGAGCAUGCUGUAUCGAACACAAAGCUUGAGGAAACCAUUGCAAAUCUCAAGAAUGAACUGGAAAACAACUUAAAUAGAAGAAAUGAGGAAGCAAAGGACGUCUGUGUAUCCACUGAAGAUGAUAACCCACCAAAGACGUACAGAAAUGUAUAUAUACAAACUGACAGAGAAACCUUCAUAAAGCCUAGUAAAGAGGAAAAUAUACCAGUGAAGAAUAACCAAAUGGUACCUAAAAAGCUUAAUAUUUCUUCUUUAAAUCAUAGUAUUUCUGUCCCAAAUGACAAUAAGGAACCAUGUCACUGUACACAGAUUUCAGAAAGUCUCGCAUCUUGUGAACAGAAACCAAUGUUAGUAUCUCUACCACCACCCCCACCACCUCCUCUUCCUGAACUUUCACUACCAGCUUUAGUUCCUCCACCACCUCCCUUGUUACCAGAUUUGGCAUCCACUCCAUUGACAUCCCAGUUUGGAUCUGGGCCACUGCCACUUCCUUCAGGUUGUGGGAAUCUUCCACCACCGCCACUGCCGCCGCCACCACCACCACCACUACCACUCCCAGGUUUUGGGCCUCCUGGUCCACCUCCCCUGCCUGGCUCUGGGCCACCUCUACCGGGAAAUGGGCCUCCUCCUCCACCGCCACCUCCUGGGUUCUUUUUCAAUAGCACUCUGUCUUCAAACCAAGGUCCUCGAAAGCCUGCCAUUGAACCUAGCUGUCCCAUGAAGCCUUUGUACUGGACUAGGAUACAAAUCAAAGACAGCAGCAAAACAUCUAUACCAACUUUAUGGGACUCAUUAGAAGAACCUGACAUAGUUGAUACUAGAGAAUUUGAAUAUUUAUUUUCCAAAGAUGCAGUUCAGGAAAAAAGAAAAUGCUUAUCAGAGUCUUAUGAAAAGAAAACAAAGGCCAAAAAGAUUAUCAAACUGCUGGAUGGAAAGCGAUCUCAAACUGUAGGAAUUUUGAUAUCCAGUUUGCACCUGGAAAUGAGGGAUAUUCAACAAGCUACACUAAAUGUGGAUGACUCCAUAGUAGACCUGGAAACACUGGAAGCACUGUAUGAGAAUAGAGCGCAAAAGGAUGAACUGGAGAAAAUAAAGCAGUAUUAUGAGACUUCAAAGGAAGAGGAACUGAAGCUCUUGGACAAACCAGAACAAUUUUUGUAUGAGUUAUCCCAGAUCCCCAAUUUUGCAGAACGUGCCCAAUGUAUAAUCUUCCAAUCUGUUUUCUCUGAGGGGAUAACCUCAGUGCAUCGUAAAGUGGAUGUUAUUACUCGUGCUUCUAAGGAUUUGCUGGACAUGACAAGUGUGAAGGAAAUUUUAGGCUUGAUUUUGGCUUUUGGAAAUUAUAUGAAUGGGGGGAACAGGACACGAGGUCAAGCAGAUGGAUUUGGUUUGGAAAUUCUUCCCAAACUAAAGGAUGUCAAGAGCAGAGAUAAUGGUAUUAAUCUUGUGGAUUAUGUUGUUAUAUAUUACCUACGACACUUCGACAAGGAUGCAGGAACAGACAAGAGUAUUUUUCCUCUACCAGAACCACAAGAUUUCUUCCAGGCCUCCCAAGUUAAGUUUGAAGACCUAGUAAAAGACUUAAGAAAACUGAAGAGAGAUCUAGAAGCCUGUGAAAAGCAGAUGAGAGUCGUUUGCAAAGAAUCUUCAGAACAGCAUCUCCAGCCCUUCAAGGAUAAAUUGGAAGAGUUUUUUCAGAAAGCUAAAGAAGAACAUAAGACAGAAGAGAGCUCUUUGGAAAAUGCACAAAAAAGCUUUGAAGAAACAGUGGGAUUCUUUGGGAUAAAGCCAAAGUCUGGUGAGAAGGAGAUCACACCAAACUACGUUUUCACUGUGUGGUAUGAGUUCUGCAGCGACUUCAAGACCAUUUGGAAACGAGAGAAUAAAAACAUUUCCAAAGAAAGACUGAAAGAGGCUCAGAAAUUCGUAAGCAAGUUAACUGAAGAGAAAAAGGUUGAAACAAAGAAAAUCAAUCCCACGGCUAGUCUGAAAGAAAAACUACGUCAGAAGGAAGCCAGUGUGACCACUAACUGAAAGAAGACACAUGAAAAUAAUGACAGUGUGACUUAAUACCUUGCAUGAUGCUUUACUAUGCCCAUUCCCCAGGGAGCACCUUAUGUCAAUGUUAUGCAGUUCUGCUUUUCUCAUCUCUUUCUGAGACAAUCCACUAAAGACUUUCCAAUCCUUUAUAAAGAGUUUGCUCAUUCAGUAGCGGGAACACUAAGAAGCUGUUUACAGGGGAAUUAUGAAGGGUUUUAUAUAACUCUUCCUUACAUGGCUUAAAAUGUAAUUCUUUUCUAAAUGGUUAUUUAAAGUACUCUAUGCAUUGUGCACUAAUGCAGAAAAGAUAAACACAGGAUUUUGGAUGUUGAAUUAAGUAACAGCUAACAACCUGUAUAUUGCUUACUUUAGCUUCAUGUAGAUUACCACAGAGGUACAGUUCAACUCAUGAAAGGCUAUUCUAUCGUAAGCUUUUAGACCUCAGGACAACUGAGGGCAACUUUGAUUCUAAAUCAUUUUUGAUAGUCUAAAUAAGUAUUAAAUUCAUUUGUUAAAACUGAUGCAAGUUUAUUAUCAUUAAUGUAUUCUGUAUUUUAUUACAAUUAUUUUUAUAGAAAACUCAGUCUAUGCCAUAUGCAUUGAAAUAGGAAUAAUAUUUUGCACAUGUGGAGAGAGAAAUAGCUUCAGAUUCUGUUGUCUUAUAAUAUGUAGAUGAUAUAACUGGCAAAUUAUUUUUAUGGUUUUGACUUGAUGUUUCUUAUGUGUUCUUCAUUUUGUCUGAUUCAAAAAGACAAAGGACAGAAGCAUUUUUUUUUUCCAAAUUAUCAAUGCCAUAAGAUAAUUUAUUUGUUAUCAUUCAUCUAACUAUAGUGCAUAACACAUCUCCAUUGAGUCAUAUAUUUACUGCUAAAGUUCUGGCUUUAAAUUCUAUUGAAGUUCAUAUUCUUUAACAAUAAGCACCUCACUAUAAAACAUACUAUACAACCUU